UGCCAAAAACAAUAAAGAUCCAGUGAGUGCCAGUUCUGUGGAUGAAAAUGCCUGGUUGAAGAGAGAGGUCAACAUAGAAUGGCCAGACUGGUUCGAACUGACAGUCUACGGUACCUCCGAUAACCGCUGUAUUGUUGUGAGCUGAUGGAAGUGAAAGAGGAAAGUCAAGAACCGAUUGAAGUGGAGGAGAAAUCUCGUGAUUUCAAAAUUGGAGAAAAAUCUUUGAGUGACUCAAAGCCUAAAAUAAAAGCAGCCAAUAAAUCUUUAACUUGCUCUCAGUGUGGAAAGAGUUUAACAUGUAAUAAAGAUCUUAAUAUACACAUGAGAAUUCAUACUGGAGAGAAACCUUACAAGUGCUCACACUGUGGAAAGAGUUUCACUCAGUCACAAGACCUGAAAAAACACGAGAGACUUCAUACUGGAGAGAAACCUUACAAGUGCUCACACUGUGAAAAGAGUUUCAUUCAGUCACAAGACCUGAAAAAACACGAGAGACUUCAUACUGGAGAGAAACCUUACAAGUGCUCACACUGUGGAAAGAGUUUCACUCAGUUAAAAUACCUAAAAAGUCAUAAGAGAAUUCAUGUAGGAUAGUCUUGUCUAAUUAUUGUGAUGAUGACUCUCCACCAGAAGAUGGCAGCACCUGCAAUCAUUAGACUACAUGCCCGUAUUGGUGGUGUGAUGUUGUACAACUUGUGUCUUGAAUAAAUUUUAUGUAUGUACUGUAUUGUUGUUCUUGUGUUCCAGAUGAUCAGGUGCUGAUGUGA